AUGGGCCUAACACACUCAAUCCUGCCCAUCGUGCUACUGGUCUCACAAGCCCUCGCGGUCGAGCUCAAAGCCUGCGUCUUUGAAGUCUUCUUCCGACCAGACUGCACAAGCUCGACACCGAUCGACACACUUACCGUCGGCGCUGCAGACAGCUUCGGAAUGCACAUGCCCACUGCGGAGGACCACAAUCUUGAAAAAGCUCAAGGUUCUCACUGUCAAUUCUCCAACAACACGGUCUGGAAUCGACAAGGAGGAUACUACCGCUCUUUCCGGCUCAAGGACACCUCUUGUCUGGUGAAUGGUGAGGACAAAUACGAUGUCUGGGCAGCACCAACCGGGGAUCCCAAGUGUAGCGAACUCUUCUUCUGGACCCCGCCGGACACCCCGGCAUGGGAGAUCAAGGACAAGACCGGCGUCUGUGUUGACGAGAAACAAGGACUGAAGCAGUACGUGGGCAUACAGCUCGUAUACAAGCCCCUGAAGACCCAGAGCACGUCCUCAAGUACGACAAACUCUGCGUCGAAGAAGACUCAGAAUACUAACACCGCCACCCCAACAUCCUUGUGGCUCAUGAUCUCUACGAAGGGCACCACGACUAGCACUACCACCAGCGCCGUCUCGGCACUUUCGAGCGCCUCGAGCCCAACCAUCGCUCCAACGCCCAUUACAGUAAUCUCAGGAACAACCUAUGCACCGAUCCCCACCCAGUCAGUCCCCAACUUCGGCGGCAGUGGCGGCAGCUACGCCGUAAAGCAAGGCGACACGGGCUGGGCGAUCGCCAACGCCAACGGCAUCUCACUGGCCGAGCUCAGCGCUGCGAAUAAGGCAUCGUCUGGGAGAACUUGCCGAUCGGGCAGGUUGUCGUUGUUCCCCCGAAGGGUGCGGGUGCUUGAGGCGAGCAUUACUGAUACUGGUCCAUUGAAAUUGAAUCAUGGGAUCGUUGCUGAUCGUCGUCCAGCCAUCGGUGUGGUACUCAUGCUCGAAACCCCAGAUCCACAGAUGCGGUCGACCAAGAAGUUCCUGGCAACAACAGUGCAUGGACCAAAAAAGACUACACGGGAGCUGCAAGAACCGGAGAGCCAGGCUCGUGAGCAGGAUGACGAGACUAAGCUCUGGUGGCAGGAGAACGGGCAGAACUCAAUUGCUGGCGAAGUGGCAGAACGGGUCUAG